CAGGUCACUUUCAACAUGGAGAGUGGAGCAGGAAGGCACUGGACUGAAGAGGAGGUUAAAGCCUUGUUAAGCGUCUGGUCAGAAAAAAACAUCAGAAAGCAACUACAAGGAACACUAAGGAAUAAAGGAAUAUUUAUUUACAUUGCUAAAAGGCUACAGGAGUUGGGGAUCUGCAGAGACUGGAAACAAUGUCGUGCAAAGUAUAAAAACCUGAAAUAUGAAUAUAGAACAGUUAAAUAUGCCCACAACUCAGGAGAUGCUACAAAGACCAUGAAGUUCUUUCAUGAAUUGGAUGCCAUAUUACAACAUGAACCUGUCACACAAUUAACAGAGGAAGAAAACGGCAGGUGUUCAACAAAUGACAUCAUAAAUGCCACCAGAGAGAACAAUGAAGGGGAAGUUUCAGUUACAUUGGAAGAGGAAGAAGAUGCUCCUACAAAUCCUCUGCUUUUUAUUUCCCACUGCAGGCCCAUUCAACUAGGUAACACAUAUCUGUGUCUCUCUCCUAUCCUACCUGAUGCAGGUAAUCCAACAGCAAUAUUAGACACUUCCAAAAAUCUGCCCUUCAUUCCAUCUGUAGCAAAUGAAGGAGGAAAGCACUGGACUGUUAAUGAAGUUAGAGCUCUAAUACGUGUAUGGUCAGACAAAAGCAUCCAGCAACAACUGGAAGGAACUGUGAGAAACAAAAGAAUAUUUGAACAUGUUGCAGCUAGACUUCAAAAAUUUGGAAUUGACAGGGACUGGAAGCAGUGCAGAACGAAAUAUAAAAAUCUAAAGCAUGAAUACAAGAGUGUAAAAAAUGCCCAAUAUUCAGGCAAUACAAGCAAAAGUAUGAAGUUUUUUAGAGAACUGGAUGCAAUUCUGGGACACAGCAAUGCAGACAAAAUGAACAGAUCAGAUAACGAUGAUUGUGAAAAACCUGCCGAAUGGAUGGAAAUUAAAACGGAAAAGAAUUUCAGAGAAUUACAAGGAGAUGCAGGUGAAGAAGACUCAGUCAGCAAUCUGUCAGGAGAUCUGGGUCUUCCAGAUGUAAGGAAAGUGACAGACAAAGUGCUCCUUAGCAUAUUAGACAGAAAUAACUAUGUGAAUGGUCAUUUGGAAGAGCGAACUACCACACACAUGAAGGAAGAUAUAAAAGAAGAAGAUACUGAUUUAGAAAUUGCUGAAGACGAGGAAGAUUCCAUUAAUACUCCUCCAGAAGGUACAGAGCUCACACACAUAAAGAGAGAGCCAAUUGACAUAGAUGAUGAUUCUAUCAGCACAGGCUCAGAGGACACAUCUGGCUUUUCAAUAUAUAGGCAGAAAUCAGGGGCAGACAAUCAAAUGUCCUUGGAUGAAGCACAGAAUCACUUUAAGGUUAUUACAAUUAAUGAUACUGGAGCAGGAAAGCACUGGUGUGACAAUGAAGUCAGAGCUCUGAUAAAUAUAUGGGCAGAUGAGGAGAUACAACAAAUGCUUGAAGGAGCAACAAGAAAUAAAGAAAUAUUUGAGGAGAUUGCCAGAAGGCUAGUGAAAGUUGGAAUAGACAGAGACUGGAAGCAGUGUCGCACAAAAUACAAGAACUUAAAAUAUGAAUAUCGUGCACUGCAAAAAGAAAAUGAUCAGCUUGGAAAUGCAAAAAGGAGGAUGAGAUUUUAUGAUGAAAUUGACUGCAUUUUGAGAAGCCAGCCCUUAGAGACAGUUACAGAAGCUGUUACGGACACAAUACCGCUGAGUGUCAAGAGAAAAGCACCUGAAGAUGAGCCCACACCUGUUCAGUGUAAGAAGAGUACUCCUGAGAAUGCAGCAAUCCAGUCACAAAGAGGUAUAUCUGAGAGCAUGCAUACUGUAAUCAAGAACCAAAGGACGCUUCUAGAGAGAUUUUACAAACAGGAAGAACUGCAGGAUAUCAACAGAACACAGCUGAAUAGCGUCCUCCCUGAGGUACAACAGGCGCCUGCGCUCGUUGCUUCCGCCGCUACCAUGGCUCCGAUACCUUCAGAACUUAAACUUGGCAAAAAGAUAAAUGAGGGGAAAACAAAAGUAGUCUAUGAAUUGCCAAAUCUCCCAGGAUGUGUUCUGCUUCAAUCAAAAGACCAAAUAACAGCUGGAAAUGCAGCUAGAAAGGAUAUCAUGGAAGGCAAGGCUGCAAUCUCAAAUACAACAACAAGCUGUGUGUUUCAGUUGCUUCAGGAAGCUGGAAUCAAAACUGCUUUUGUGAGAAAACAUAGUGACACAGCAUUUAUAGCUGCUCACUGUGAAAUGAUUCCAAUUGAAUGGGUUUGUAGAAGAAUUGCAACUGGUUCUUUCCUUAAAAGAAACCCUGGUGUCAAGGAAGGCUACAGAUUUUACCCACCUAAAAUUGAGAUGUUUUAUAAGGAUGACGCAGCAAAUGAUCCACAGUGGUCUGAAGAGCAACUCAUUGAAGCGAAGUUCCGAUUUGCUGGCCUUGCAAUUGGACAAACUGAAGUGGAUAUUAUGGCCCACUCUACUCAAGCUAUCUUUGAAAUACUUGAAAAAGCAUGGCAGCCCCAGAACUGUACUCUAGUGGACAUGAAGGUUGAGUUUGGUGUUAAUGUAUCCACAAAAGAAAUUGUCCUUGCUGAUGUAAUUGAUAAUGAUUCUUGGAGACUGUGGCCAUCUGGAGACAGAAAACAGCAGAAAGACAAACAGUCUUACCGUGAUCUGAAAGAAGUGACUCCUGAAGCACUGCAGAUGGUGAAGAGAAACUUUGAAUGGGUGUCUGAAAGAGUAGAGCUGUUGCUGAAACCACAGAGCCAAGGCAGGGUGGUUGUCUUCAUGGGCUCACCUUCAGAUCUUGGACAUUGUGAAAAAAUUAAAAAAGCAUGUGGAAACUUCAACAUUCCUUGUGAAUUACGAGUGACUUCUGCCCAUAAAGGACCAGAUGAGACACUGAGGAUCAAAGCUGAAUAUGAAGGUGAUGGAAUUCCUACAGUGUUUGUAGCAGUGGCUGGAAGAAGCAAUGGCUUGGGACCUGUAAUGUCUGGAAACACUGCAUAUCCCGUUAUCAACUGUCCUCCACUCUCAGCCGAUUGGGGUGCUCAGGAUGUAUGGUCAUCUCUGAGGCUUCCCAGUGGUCUUGGCUGUUCCACAAUUCUUUCACCUGAAAGUGCUGCCCAAUCUGCUGCUCAGAUUCUCGGGUUAAGUAACCAUUUCGUAUGGGCCAAGCUGCGAUCAAGCAUGUUGAAUACAUGGAUCUCUCUGAAGCAAGCUGACAAGAAGAUGAGAGAAUGCGCCUUAUAGGUGGCUUCUUGAGCCACUGCUCUAGGAUGACAUAUAAAUUCUAACACAAUAAUUCCUAACUAUCUGCAAUUCUUCCUAUAGUUUUGUUAAUCAUUUCAUAAAGAGACGAGUCUGCAGGUGCCCUCUUUGUUCCAAGCAAAUGAAGAUUAAUUUCUGGCUUUUUGGAAAUGAGCAAAAUCUUUGCUAUCGUAAUAGAAUAGUUCUCAUUGAUUACUUAUUAAGUAGAACUGGUCAUUUGUAUUGACUUGUAACCCUGUACAAAAUGUGCCCACCUGUUAAUUCUCCUAAAGUUUAUAUUAAAAAGUUAGCAAUAACAGCGCAAUAGAUUUGCACUCUGGUUUCUAAGACCUUGUUCUGAAGUAUAAGCUGGCAUGGUAGCAACAUAUGAACAAAAGCCAGCCACAUUUCAAAAUGAGAUGUUGGAAGCUUACAGUAUUCAUGAACAAAAGUCAUUCUAUUGCAGACUAGUGCUAUUUAUUUUGCUACUGUGAAGAAGAGGGAGCCAUUGAGAGAAGGUGUGGACCUAAUUUCUGUAUUCAAACUCUUUUCAGUGUUUGAAAAAGGUUCAUACACCGUAGAUAGCAUCUGGCCUAAUAAUGCCUUAAGUCUUAUUAAUUCUAGUAGAAUUUAGCUGUGAUUUAAUCUGGAUGCUGCCUGCUUUCAGUUUACUCAGUAAGGGUAUCUGUAUUGGAGUAUGUGUUGGGGGGGUGUCAAUAAAAAUACAGAAACAAAGUCACUUCAAAUGGGAAUAAAAACAACUUCCACUGGU